AUGACAUCUCUCCUCGCAAACAAGCCAGACCCGUUAGGUUCUGUGCCGAGGCGCAAUUAUGCCAAUCAGCAAUCACAGCAACAGCAACAGCGUCAAUCAAGACAACGACAACCCCCAACCCAACAAGAACCCUAUUCAUCCGAAUCCUCCGGUCAUGCAAUCGCUUCCGAAACUCCCUCCCAGUACUCCUCCUUCUCCAGCUCCGACAGCGACGGCCAAGCCGCCCAUUCCGAUAGCGAUGUCGACGAAGAUACAGCUAGUGAUGUCGUCGGCGUCAGUAUCGGUCCCACACAGAGCCGCAUGAAGGCCCGCGCCACGCCCGCCGAAGAGAAGAACAGAAUCCUAGAAGACCACGGCGGCUACUUUACCGCAAUCUCAGACACAAUCCCGGAUACUGUCGGCGAAGAUGGUCUUUUCGUCUCACAGCUGACGGCUGAGCCAGAAUCAGUCCCGGUGGGGCGUAAUAAAUUGGGGGCCCGACAGGAGGAUGCUUCCAUAGCCGAACCGACGACUCACGGUGCUGGGACUGGGGCUCCCGCUCCGCGUGUGCAUCCUCAUGCGCAAUCAUUGCCGGUUGAGCGCCGAACGCCGCGCGGUCCCCACACUGAUGGCCCGACGCCUGCGUCGGUCGACUACCAGGAACCCAAGGAUUCAACUGUUGCGAAUAACAAUAACAAUAACAAUAAUAAUACCCAUCGUUCAAGCUUUACACGAUCGCUUUUGAAGACGUCAUUGCCUCGCAGACCGCGGGCUUGGUCGGGAGAAUUGAAAAGGCUUCUUCCGGAUUUGAAUCUGGCGUCGUUCGCGGCGAAACGCCCGUCUCUCCCGUUUUUAUCUGGGAGCAAUUCUCAGAAUCGUGCUCGCAGUCAGACUAUUGCUCCUGUUGCUCCUAUUGCUCCUUUACAUAAGCGGAACUCCUCGCUGCUUUUGAGACGGACUUCCUCGUUGGAUAGGGGACGUCAACAUCGGGACCAGUCGCAACAAUCUUCGGCUGAGGCUGUCAAUAUUGUCGGCCAUGAUUCUGACGAAGGACAUGAUGCGCGGCAUAUUCCUGAGCUGCGAUCUUUGGAAGCAAGCUUUGCUGUGAAGCAUUCGUUUGCUAGACGUCCUAGUACGGCGAUGCCAAAACGUCCGCCUAGCAUUAAACGCUCAUCGUCGGAUCAAUCAUUGUAUUUGCGUGCAUCAUCUACGGCGUCUUCUUUGGAGCAACGACCGCUGUAUGAAAAUGUACAUUCACAGGUUAACAGCCGGUUUAAGGCGAUUAAAGACUCCUUGCAAGAUUCCAGUAGUCGGCUGUUGAGUAUGCCGGCGCUCAAUUUGCAGGAUAUACGUAAUGAUUGGACUUCCAGACCCUUUUUCAAUGAUUUCGGUGGCUCUUCAACUUCUACAAAUGAUAGAGGAAUGAAGAGCUCGGUGCAUCGGGUAGCAACACCACCACCGCCCCCUAAGAAUCCACAGUCUACUCAUCCGAUCUUAGAAGAGGCCAUGUCUGAAUUAACGGGAGAUAUUGUGAUUCUGGGAGGUUAUCGUGGUUCUAUCUUGCGAUCUGCUAAGGCGCCACAUCGUCAAUUAUGGGUGCCUAUGAAAGUGGGACUGAAUCUACGAAAGGUCGAUUUGGAAGUUGGCUUGACUCGAGAGGAUGAAGAGCGCAUGGAAGAAACUAUCAUUCCUUCUGGUGUACUAUCUCAUGUUGGUCCAGUGGAUGUCUGCAGACGGCUGAUGAAGCGAUUGCGAAAAUGUGAGAAUGCCGUUCGUGGUGAUUUGCGCGUCUGGGACUACGGCUACGACUGGCGACUGAGUCCGGAUCUUCUUUCUAAAAGAUUAAUUGAGUUCCUCGAAGGUCUACCUUCCAAUCGGCCAAAUAGCGAAACUGGCCAAAGACGCGGUGCUUAUGUGGUUGCGCACAGUCUCGGUGGUCUCAUCACUCGUCAUGCCGUUAACCAACGACCUGAUCUCUUUGCGGGUGUUGUAUACGCCGGUGUCCCACAGCACUGUGUGAAUAUCCUCGGCCCACUACGCCAUGGCGAUGAUGUCCUUCUCAGCUCGCGAGUUCUGACUGCCCAAGUCAACUUUACUUUCCGUACUAGCUAUGCUCUCCUCCCAGAAGAUGGACAUUGCUUCAUCGAUAAGCAGUCCAAAGAAGAGUUCCGAGUUGAUUUCUUCGACGCUCGCUCCUGGGCUGAAUACCGUCUUUCCCCAUGCAUCACACCUAAUUUCCCUCCAACAACAAGCGGAAGUGGAAGUGGAAGCGGAGGCCUUGGUGGUUUCAAAGACUUCGCUCUAAACAGCCGAAAGCGAUUCUCUCUGGGCCCCGCGAGGACUCCGACAAUUCUAUAUCUAGAUGGCCACACCCAAACCACAGAGGAAGACCUAUCAUCCCGCAACACAACCCACUCUACAAAUUCACUACCUUCCAUUUCUCCCAGAGCCGUCUUCGAAAAGGCCGAGGAGAACAUUCAGCUUCCCGUCGAUGGUCUCGUUGGCCCUGUCGCCAAUCCACGUGGAAGUGUCGGAUCAUCCAAGGCUUCGACAACAUGUACCAUUCCCCGCGCCGCAGCUAUUGAAUACUUGCAACGCACCUUGUCAGAGGUGAAGCAAUUCAAGUCUGAUCUUGGAUUCCAGCCUUCUCACCAGUCUGAUAACAAGUAUCCCCCUGCUGCUGUUCUUUAUGGUAAAAGUGUGCCUACCGUGUACGGUGCCCGUGUUAACUCGCGCGAAGCAAUUAAGCAUGGAGACGCAUUUGAUGAUCUGGCUUUUGCAGCAGGGGAUGGUGUCUGUCUUGCUUCGGCGGCGAUGUUACCUUCUGGAUAUCGAGUUAUCAAAGAUGGAUUGGUGAAGAGUGAUCGUGGUCAUGUUGGAUUACUCGGUGACCUUGAGGGAGUGGGGCAAUGCUUACGAGCUAUUGUUCACGGAAGGAAAGAGGGUGUUGGUAUGGGAAGUCAGGUCUAG